AUGAUCGGAAAAAACGACGAUCACGCCCUGGAAGACAUCGAGCAGCGGAUCGAAUCGAUGGAACGACGGCUGAAAAACGCGAAAGCUGCUCGGGUUGGCCUUAUUUUUGGAUCAUUUAUCGAUUUUUCAAAGCUCAAUGAUAACAAUCAGAUAUUUUUCGGAUUCCAGGACACCUAUUUGACCUACCUACGAAGUAAAUACCCGAUGUGGAAGCCUUCUUUUACGACUUUCAAGUUUGAAAAAGGUAUAAUUUUUGCUUUUUUUAAUUGAAAAAUGUCUUUUUAUCCUGUCCUCUUAUUUUUCCGUGCUUUUUCCAUUUUUCCAGGAUAUUCUCUUGUGAGAGAAGAGGGCCUAGACAGGUCAGACAGUAAGGAUUUGCUGAGAAAUUAAGAAGAAAUGGAAAAUUUUUCAAACGAAAAGUGAGAAAAAAAAAGCCGCGAAAUAUUUGGGAAUGUGCGCUCUACUGAUAAAAUUACAAAACUGCUCACCAACUUCACCGUUUUUAUAGAUAAAUCGAGGGCAUAUGUAAGAAUUAAUAAGGAAAAUGUGAAUUUCGAAAGUUGGUUCCGGGGUUUUUUGCCCUUUUUCUUUCAUCUUCCUGUUGCACGUUCGUUAUUUUAUGAGAAAAAAAGUUGUUUGUAAAUUAUUUCCUCUUCACUAUUGUAAUUAGCCAUGGAGCGCACAUGAAAAAAACUCUUUUUCCUCUAAAAAAAAUAGAUCAAUGGAAGGGUUCCAAGCUUUACUUUUUGAGAAAUUUCGAUCCAGAAUAUGAACGAAAGCCUCGUGAACCGCCUGGCGACUUCUCAGUACCAAUGGGACGUCGAUUCUGAUCAACGCCGGGUUCAAGUCCCACGGCAGCAAGGACAAGUUCAUCUCUACAGUGAGAUUCCGAUGAGGUCUGUCGGAUCAACUCGAAGUCGAUUAUUCAAACAGUAAAUGAAGUCUGAUCGGUUCUUAGAAACGCCAGAGGGGUCCCUAGAGGGGUUAGGAAAAAACAGGCCCUCUAGGGGACGGAAUAGGGCUCUUGAGAGAACAAGUGGUCCCUGUAGAGAUUUAGGGUGAGACAUGGUAAGGAGCUAAAGCUUAAGUGGUCCCUAUAGGGGUCUGAAGUAUAGCCAGCAUGCUCCCCUAGAGUGGCCACUUUUGCAAGCUUCAGUGCCUCCUAUAGAAGAAGCGCUCCUAAGUGGACUCUUAAGGCUUAAUCGAUUGGAAAAUUCAAAUUUAGUGCUUUUUCAGUGGUCCUCUGCUUCACAGCGACCUGGGUCGGACUCGGAAAAGGCUCCAGGAAAUCUCCGCCCAGUUGCAAGUGAUGCGCGGUAGUCGGAUGGCUCUAAGCACAGAGGAGUACCUUCGAACGUCUUCAUUGGCUCGGCCGAGUCAUCGUGGGUUUUUUUUAAUCGAACGAGGCUCCAAAUAACGGUUGGAAAAAUCCAAAAUAUUAUUCAAAAACGAGUCUGGACUGGCUCAAGGCGUAUCGAAAAUUGAGCAAAGGCGACCGACUAGCAACGGCUUGCGCGCCCUUGUAUCUUGAAACAUAGGAUUAGAAAAACCGCUGAAAGUCGGGCGCAGUUAUUUGCCAAAUGAAUGGAUCAUAUGACUACUUCUGAUGACUUGACAUGCGAAAAAAAAAUCUGCGACCGACUAGAAACGACUUGCGCACGAUUGCAUCUUGUAACAUAAGAUUGGAGAAGUAGCUAAAAGUCGGGCGCAACUAUAAGCAGAGUAAUAGGGUCUUAGUAAUGCUUCUGAAGACAUAUAGCCAGUAAAACGCGAAAAAAACAUGAACAGUCUUGACCGACUAGAAACGACUUGCGCGCGGCUGUAUCUUGCAACAUAGGAUUGGAGAAGUCGCUAAAAGUCGGGCGCACUUAUUUGUCAAAUGAAUGGACCAUAUGACUACUUCUGAUGACUUGACAUGCAAAAAAAAACUGCGACCGACUAGAAACGGCUUUCGCGUCCUUGCAUCUUGAAACAUAGCACUUUUUCUAGUUUUUCCCUCUCUUUGAAAUAUUAUUUUAUAUCCAAGAACCACACGAAAAAAAUUUCGAAAAAAAAAACCCUACGGCCAUUUUCAAAAAGCAAUUGCGCCCCACGGCUAAUUAUCCCAUUUUUUUUUUUAGAACCUAUCAAAAUGCUGCUGGCCGAGUCGUCAACCCACGGAAUGUCAGAUAUCCGACAGAAACUAUCGGAUCUGGAAGUUAGUCCCUACGAACCGCCGAGGACACCGACGAGGGAACAAAUUGAGGACGAGAAGAUGUUGGCUCAGAGGGAGCAGCUUAUCAAUGGCGAGUGCCUUAGGAAAGUCAGAGUGGUCCCUAUAGGCGCUAGGGGAAAGCAGCCCUUUUAGGGGAUCAUAUAGUUAGGGACCGCAAAGCCACGCCCCUUUUCGCGAUAGAAAAAGUGGCUUUUUUUUGGUUUUCAACUUUCAUUUUGUUGUAGUUGCAAAAUAUGUGGAACUGGCUUAUAAAAUUUGACACACAUGUACAGAAAAGCUUCCUCUUUCGUUUAAAAAAUAUUUCACGCUUUUUUGAUGCGUUCGCGCGGAAUGUCGUACAAAAAAACGUGAAUGGAACUAAAAAAAUUUUGUCGUUUUUUUGCUUUUUUUCAUGUGUUUUUCAGGUCGUUUUUUUAGGUCACUCUUUUUUUUUAAAAAUAAUGAUUUUUGAUUCAAGUAACGGUAAUUUUAAGACAAUAAAAUAAAAAAAUUCGUCUUUGCCAAAAAUUUUAGGGAGUGCCGAAAGUCAUAAUUCAAAAUAUCGUUAAUAAGCGAAUAUAAUCGAGUUUUUGUUUUUUCAAAAUUUAGACCAUGAGCUUACUUAAAUUUUUCUCCACAGCAUCUGUGCUUGAAAAAGUUGUUUGAUACGCAAAAAUGCUCUUGAAAAUAGAGAAUAAAAUUAGCGGCGUUUAUCACACAGAAAACGGUCGAACGCAGGUUUUUUAAACGAUUAUAUACAUUUAUUAGUAAAAAAAUCUUUCAAUUAAAAAGAAUAAAAUAAAAAAAUUCGUCUUUGCCAAAAAAAUUUACGGGGCCGUUUGAAUGCAGCGAUCGUUAAACGAGGCAAAAAAAGCACUAAUAAAAACAGUUUUUUUCGAAGGGAAAUUCCACGGAAAGUUUGAGUAAAAAAAUUUGCCAACAUACUCUGUUAAAAAUAGCUAAAUUACUUCAAAAUUUUAUUUUUGAAGUAGGCAAUCUAAGCUAUCCAUACGGCUCAAGGGUAUGGCGGAUGGAAGCUCCUCUCGCUAGACCUAACAGCUUGGCGCAGCGCGUGCGCUCCGAUUUUUCAUUUUGAGGUCGCGAGUUCGAUGCCUGCAAGCGUCAGUUUUUUGUUUUCUGGAAAAUACCGACUUUUUCGGCAAACUAGCAAAUUUUUAUCAUUUUAGCACUCUAUUAUGAUUUGUUACAUCAUAAUAGACCAGUAUCAAAACUUGUUCUAGAAGAAAAAUCGAGAAAAAUGUCAAAAAUGGAUAACACCAAAAUUUCAGUACUAAAAAAAUGGUGCGCGGCGCGCCACAUUUUUCGUCAUAACUUUUUUCAUCCUCAAUCUUUUUCGAAAAACUAAACGGUUCUGAGUUUUAAAUCGAAACAGCUAUCAAACCAUACAAAGCUCAUUGCAGAAAAAAACUUUUUGAAAAUUCGUCUGCGGUCCCUACAUAUAGUGCUCCCUAGAGGGAUUUAGGGUCUGGUCCCUCUGAAGCCUCUGAAGCUUUAAAGGUCCCUAUAGUGAUUUUUUGGUUUUUUUUUCUGAUUCGAAAGGGAAAAAUACGUAUAGGGACCACUUUAGUGCUCUCCUUGAGUGGUCAUACUCAAUUAAAAGCUUCAGUGGCUCCUCUUGGGGAAUGUCAAGGGGUUCCUAGAGGGAAAUUUCAAGGCCACUUAACGUUGCCCCUCUAGGGACCACUCUGGCGUUUCUAAAUCCGGAAAAUUGCACUGAAUUUUUUGUAAUGUUAACUGUUUAAAUAAAAAAGAAAGCUCAAUGCAGUGAUUUUCAAAAUAAUGGUCAGAGAGGGAAAAAGAUAAUUAAAAUGAGGAGAGCCAGAGAAAACAAGCGAAAAUUUCGAAAAUUGAUUUUUCUAGUAGUUUCUCACCAAUGUACAUAUGAAAGAGACAAAUAUUAUAUAAAAAUUAUGAAAAAAAGCCAUUUUUUUGAGAUGCAAUUGCGCUCCAAGGCUAAUUUUUUUCACUUUUAGCUGGCUUCCAAACAUUUUUAUGUGAAUUUUAUAUUUUUUAAGUGUCUUAUUUUUUUUGUUUUUACGUGUUAAACCUUCAUUCUGAAAGUCUUGAAGCUAAUUUUCUUAAAAGUUUUUUUUUUCUGGAAAUUUUAUUAAAGGUUAAAUAUUUAAAUUUCGCUCAGAUAUUGAUCAUGGAACGUGAAAAAUGACUUUUCAGACAUCCGAGCCGGUAAAAUCCCACCGUCUUGGCAGGCCGAGCCCCAAUUUUCGCUUCAAAACCAGCCGACCUCCGUUCGAAUUCUCCGUGAACCUCAAGUUCAAAUUCCCGCCCCAAUUCCUUCUGUUGUUAAUCUGAGCAAUCCUGAGCCAUUAGUUCAACAAAAUGAAGAAGUAGCUCCGGUUCAACCUCCAGCUCCUCAAAAACCAGUGGAAAAAGUUGAAGUCGCGAAAAAAGAGGAAGGUUUCUUCGGAAUUUGAAAAUUUUCUGAAUAAGGGUCCCUUUUUUCAGCCAAAUCGUCCAGCGCCUACUCGCAAAUGAUGAAUUUACUCGGGCAAAAGCCCGGAAAUAGUUCGGAAAGCGAUGAGACGCCGAGAAAACCCGUCGAACCUGUGAAAAGCGUCAAAAUGUACGGUUUUCCCUGCACGACAAAUAAAAAAAGAAGAUUUUUCAGCUCUGAGCCGAAAAAAGAGACAAAUCUCCUCUCUCAGUACCUCUCGAAGAGACAUGACAGCAGCAGUGACGACGAAUUCGUUGGAUUCAAACCAAAACCCUCGAUGCCCGCGAAAAAAGUGAACAAACCGAGCAUGUCGGCCGCCUUCCUGAACAACGACAGCGACGACGAUUUUUUUGGCUGA